AUGAGAAGAAACUCAUGGCAGAUAGGAUCGUGAAGCAUGCCAUGGAUUAUUUACCUCUUGACUGAUCAGAACCCAAUUCAAGUCAUUGUCGAUGCCAUUGUUAACAGCGAACUUCGUGAAGACGCUACUCAUAUCGGUUCCGCCGGUGCUGUAAGACGGCUGGUCGUCGAUAUUUCUCCUCUUCGUAGUUUGAAUCAGGACAUCUAUCUGCUAACAAUCGGUUCCCGUGAGUCUGCAUUCAGAAACAUUAAAACCAUCACCGAAUGUUUAGCCGAUGAGCGUAUUAACACUGCAAAGGGAUCAUCCAACAGCUAUGUCAUCAACAAGAAAGAUGAAAUUGAGAGAGUUGCCAAGGCCAACUGUUGAGGAGGGUUUAAGAAGAAAUGAAUCAACCAAUAGUAGUGGAAAUUUUUGUUUUUUCUAUUAAUAUUUUUUUAGAAUAAAUGCAUGUUU